UGUAGAGUGGGGUGCAGAGUGGAAUCCUAGAUGAAGGUACAUUCUCGAUGUAUCUUUUUUGCAUCACGUCCAUGAAAGUGGAACUUUAGGUAAAGAGUCUGAUUUGGGAUGUCACUGAGCAAUUGCUCUAGUAUCAAAUCUCGUCAAUCCGAUAUCUAACCUUCAAUUAACUCACAGGGGCUCAGACGUCAUGAAAUUCCCCUUCAACGUUGCCCACGUCAGUGGCAAUGUUCUCUUUGCUGCUCGAGGAGGCAAGAUUCAUUCCUUUAGCCUUGAGGACGGAUCUCACCUCUCAACAUGGAAACAUCCAGAUGUUGACAAAGUAGACGCGGCAGUCAAAGCUUUUUCAGGUGAUGUCUCAAGUGAGAAACUCGUGACAAAGACUCAUAUCGCCGAGGAAGAAGAUGAGAAUGGUCCCCCAGCUAAGAGACAAAGAACCGAAGAGCCAAAAGAUGAGACAACUCCUGCCGAACCAAAGGCCCAAGAGGAGACUCAAAUCGCUGGGGAAAUGAAAAACGAGGGCAAAAAGAAGGGUGGGAAGAAGAGCAAGAACAGACAAAAUCAGCAACGAGCAAAGGAUCACAACAUCUCACGAGUACCCGAUCGCCCAGUCAUUACGCAUCUGACAAGUACUCCUGAUUGCUCCCAUAUCUUGGCUAUCACCGGACAUGACAAGGCCAUCUGGGUCUUUGAGAAUGAUGGGAAGGGUUCUCUCAACCAAGUCAGCAAACGAACUCUUCCUAAGCGCCCUAGUGAUGUAGUUAUUGGACCUGACUCUCAGAUUGUUGUCGCUGACAAAUUUGGGGAUGUUUACGCUCUCCCUCUCCUCUACGACCCUACUGUUCAAACUGCUUCAACCCCUGCCCCAGCCAAACCGGCUUAUAAACCAUCUGCCAAUACCACAACCGUUCACUCGAAGCGCAACCUGCGAGCUCUUCAAGAGCAGCAAAGGCAGAUGGAGCUUGCUACGCGGACCAAAAACGACAGCAACUCCAAAUCCGAAGGUCCAGACUUUGAGAUCACUCUAUUGCUUGGCCAUGUUUCUAUGCUUACUGCACUCGCGAUCGGUGAGAAUGAGGGUCGGCGAUAUAUUCUGACUGCCGAUCGUGAUGAACAUAUUCGGGUGUCAAGAUACAUUCCUCAAUCGUAUGUCAUUGAGGGUUUCUGCUUUGGCCAUACAGAGUUCAUCAGCUCCAUGGUCAUUCCGGCCUCGCGUGGUGAUGUUCUUGUGUCGGGCGGUGGUGAUGAGGACUUAUUCGUCUGGGAUUGGACCUCAAACAAACUCCUCUCCAAAAUUAGCAUCUUGUCUUUAGCUCAAAAGAUCCUGCCGGAGACCGCAAAGGUAGCUGUGUCUGGGCUUUACAGCCUGAUAUAUCCACGUGAUGGCUCGGAUCUUGUCUAUGUUCUCGCCAUAUGUCAGGAUAUUGCGGCCAUCUUUUCAUGGCAACUUACCAAAAACAAUACCCUUAACCACCCAGCUAUCAUCCAGCUUCCCGGCAAGCCCCUCGACCUCUCUAUCAAGCCCGCCAAUAGCGGUGAAGCACCCAAGAUCAUCGCUGCUCUGGAUCCCAGUGAUCCUACAAAGGCAAAAAGCCUGGCUGUCUACUCACUUACCAUGACUGAUGAGAAGCUCGCCACAAGCACCAUAGCUUCAGUAAAUGACGAUGAUAUCGAAAGCACCGAACUUGAGGUCGAUGAGAAGAUCGUGAGGAGCCUUUUGUAUAAUACCGAACCUUUGAGAAAACAGGCCACAGAACGGGAAGAGGAAAGGGGUGAGGAGCAGAUGCCUGAAGACCAAGUGAUGGAAGAGGCUGUGCCUACUGAGGAGUAAUGGAGAUGUACCAAAAGUAAGAUAGAAAUGAAAUUAAUUUUGCAGUGCCACAAUGGACAAAAGUCACUUCCACAACCAUACAAAGUCGAGUUUAUC